GUCAGAUCCUCAGUACAUCCUGGCUGGUUCAUCCUCAUCCCUGACCUGCAGACAACUACACCUGUCGGUGAUACAAUUCCGGUGCGCCCCAAUGAUAUAACUUGCAGCCUCGAAUGUCAGAUAAGUCGUCAACACCCAUCUGUUGCAGACGGUGGUCUACGAUCAGCUGUUAGACCUCGACCAAGACUAAUGUCAUACUGGUCUUAUCAGUUCGGCUAACCUAAACUCUUACUGACCGUGGCGUCGACGACCAAAACCAGGCAAAGGAGCCAAGUCAGGCUGUCUUGAGAGCUCUCUCUAUCAGUCCUUGCUCAGGCAGAGACAGACGCUAUCAUUGCAUUUUGUCUCAACUGCCAUCAUGCCAGCUCCCACCUGAGGCCCCCAGGAGACCAUUCUUCUUCCAGAUUUGAUACUGGUCAACCCCUGGCGUUUUCCAUCGCUCGCCAGCUCCAAUAUGGAAAUCGAUCGUCGGACAUUUGCUUCAGUCAAGAUCGGCUUCCACAGCGUCGAAAAUGGUCCUGACAGGUUCAAAAGGAAUGAGCUGUAUGAUCCUCCGCCACAUGCACUCUGGCGGAAUAAUCUCACCGCCCUUUCCCAACGACACAAUCUCUAUUUCGUCGCCUCACUGUCUUCUGUUCUCGUGUACAGACCUGAAUUCCCAUUCCAAACUCUUGGAAGGACACCUGAACUCGUCAUUCCUCAAGCUCUUGCUAAAGCCGGCGCUAGGGGCUACAUUGACCCUAAUAAUGCACACUCAAUCAACCAUUUGAUGGUCGGAGAUCUUGGUAGUCAAGAGAUCUUACUACUUGCGACCGACUCGGGCAACAUCGCAGCGUAUUACACUCGCUCUAUCCAAGAUGCCAUCCUCCGAAAGCCCUUUGCUUUUUCCACGACCGCUAGCAGUGAUGUUCUAGGAUUGCAACCUUUCUUCACUCAUUGGGUUCAUGAAUCCGCUUGGGGCCUCUCCAUUCACACGCAGGCUCGCCUGAUUGCCGUGUCUGCUAACACCCCUUAUCACAUACCAGCAGACAAUCCUUGUGCAACAAUAUGGGUGUUUGCUUUUGCACUGACUGAGCGUGACAGCGGCGAUGAGGGCCUUGAUGAUGAAUCGGAUCCCCUCGAAAGCUCAUCCGGUUCUGAUUGGCACGAUUGGGACCCUUCACGUGGUGUCGAUGAUCCCUCUCGCGACCGAAAUUACAAAAUAGUUCUCUCAGGGUUCGAUGGUCAUGACUCCAACAUACCAUGCGUGUCAUUUGUGAACACCCUUCAAGAUCCAUACGGAAGAUGGCUUCUGAGCACCGACAUUGACGGGGCCACCAAAAUAUGGCAUGUCUGGCGGGCAAUCUGUCAUCGUUCAUGGGAUUUGACUGAGAGAGGACCCCACCUAGGCUUACGUCGCCAUCGUGAGGGUGGCUGGCUUGUAGCUGCACUGGAUCCGGAGAUGUUUGGCCUGGCCCAGAGUAUGGAGGAGUUCUGUGGUCACUCGAGAGCGGCCCUGUGUUAUGGUGCCACAGGGGAGAGCUAUGAUUUGACUAAUAUUGUCCGUUUGCGGACUCCCGGUCAUAGUCAUGCUCAUCCUCUUUUGUACGAAGCCUCGGACGAUUCAGAUGAUGGUCAAGACUGGGAUGGGCCAAGCAACAUGUGGUCCGAUGACGAGACUGGGAACUCAGAUGAGUCAGUCACUUCACAGCAGAGUCCGGUCCUACACUCCCAGCUUUUGUUUGACUCGACUUCGCAAGGACAAAGACCUACAACGUCUUCAUCCUAUGUCACCACUUUGGAGGACACCCCUUCAUCGGAGGACAUACUGCGAGAUGAAUCCGGGGCGAGUGAUGCAGGUUCGGAUCUUGAUAUUGACAGAUCCGAUCCUCACAAUAACGAGUCGCCAUUUUCUGUCUCUGUUGUGGUUGAGAUCCCAGAAGUUCCCUCGACUGACCAGAUGAUGCUGGAAACAGAGCUUCAUUACGACUCCAGCUCUGAUGAAGAUGAAGUCGAAGGCUCCUCCCUCGACCAGCAGAGCAUCAGCUCCUUGUCCAGUCUCGCACAACGAACAUAUCAAGAGACAGAGGAACUGAUUCAGUCAGGCUCUCCCACCCACUCCAAGACUUUGCCAUCAUCUGUACUACCACCCGAGAUACCAAAUUUUCCCAUACUACACUGCAGUACGUCCAACCUGAGACUCUUCAAUGGCCCAGACGCAGAUAGAGCACACGUCUACUGCGCCAGCAUCCUGACACAAGCCUUACCACCGGUACUAGAGGUACACCACUUUUCCCAUUUCGAUCGUCUCAACAUGAUCCAGUUCAUUCCCCCCUUGGGAAUUGUGGUGAUCGCUUCUCAGAUUGGACGAUGUGCAAUUUGUGUCCUGACUAGAAGUAAAAAUGGCACUUUUGGGCUUCGAACGGACUGGACGUUGCCGACAAGGAAACAAGAGUCUCAUAAGGUCCGACCCUUGAAACCAUUGUUGGGAAUUGCGGUGUCCCCUCUGCAAGGCCAGACCAGAUCUGAGUACUCUGAGUCGUCGUCGGAUGGAGAGAGUCACAGAGCAUGGGGCACAGAUGGGGUAGUUGAUGGGGUAGACACUUCUUUUGAUCCCACUGUCGUCGUCUUGAGAGACGAUGCUUCUCAAAUUCCCAGAGAUGGCCGAGGAGCCGACGUUGAAAGCAGUCCUAUGGAUGCCGGGCAAGGGACGAAACGGAAGCGGUUCUCGUAUGACCAACACGACCCUGUGUCAUCAGGACAGCAUCGAGAAAUACGAGAAUGGACUCUCCCACCACAAAGCAAUCCCUGGAAUGCGGCCGAGAACAGCACCAGGUAUAGGCUGAUGUUGACGUACAGCGACUUCACAGUUAUCACUUAUGAGUUAUCACGCGGAGUUGAAAGAGGAGAUGUCGCACAAUGCCAUGUUUCUACCAUGGACUUGGUAGAUUGAUUUACUGCGGGAUGAAGGGAUUGAUUGCAGGUUUUGGAAAAGGAUAAUGACAGUUCACGCGGCGAAUUUGUGGCAGGGGUUCUGGUCUCUAGUAGAUUUUGAUACCCUCUGAUGUUGUCCAUUUGGACAACUGUAUUCGAAGCUGUUUCUGAGUUUUGGAAUUCCCUUAGCAUCCUAGACAGAUUAUCUCAGUACAAUACGAUCUAGUGGUGAUAGAGAGUAGG